GGUGACUUGCAUCAUUAUUCAUUCCGUCCAUACGUCUCUCAGUUCAGCAUCUGUUACGCUUUCUCCUUCAAAAAGCAAAACAUAAAAAAGAAAAAACAGAAAAAAAAUUCUUAAUACUUUUAAUCUACAAUACCAUAUUUUCUUGUCAACCAAACACGAAAAUUUCCUUUCCGUUUCAAUUCUCUUCUUUGUGAUUUCGAUUCUCGAUUCUUUUUGAUGAAGAAGGAAAAGAUUUUAGUUGUAUUGGUGUGACGAUGUCCAAAAAAGCCAGCAACUGCGCAAUUUGCGACAAUUCAAAUCGCGCUUCCAUUUGCGCAGUUUGUGUUAAUUACAGAUUAAAUGAAUAUAAUUCUUUGUUAAUAUCGUUGAAAAGCCGUCGUGAUUUUUUCUAUUCAAAAUUAACCGAAGUGCUUGCCGCAAAGGGGAAAACUGAUGAUCAGCUGAAUUGGAAAAUUCGUCAAAACGAGAAGCUAACUUACUUGAAAGAGAAGCUUCGUCUUAGUAAAGAACAAUUAGCUCAAGGGAAAGCUAAGAUUGAGAGGGCGUCUCAUGACUUAAAGUUUAAUUACGGAGUGCUUGAUUCUGCUCGAGCUGCAUUGGAAAAGAAUCGUGUGGAACAGAUCAAAAAGUACUAUCCGAACCUUAUUUGCACGCAAAGCUUGGGCCAUAUGGCAAUUACCUCGGAACGUCUUCAUAAGCAGUCUGUGGUCAUAAAACAGAUAUGCAAAUUGUUUCCCCAACGUCGGGUAAAUUUAGAGGGGGGAAGAAAAGAUGGAUCCAGUGGUCAGUAUGAUCUUAUUUGCAAUGCUCGCUUACCAAGAGGGCUUGAUCCCCAUUCUGUUCCAUCAGAGGAGCUCGCUGCCUCGUUAGGAUACAUGGUGCAACUUCUGAAUCUUGUUGUUCGUAACUUGGCUGUUCCUGCACUUCAUAACUCAGGUUUUGCGGGGUCUUGCUCACGAAUAUGGCAACGAGAUUCUUAUUGGGAUGCAUGCCCGUCUUCUCGAAGCAAUGAGUAUCCACUUUUUAUACCUCGCCAAAAUUAUUGCUCUGCUAGUGGGGAUAAUUCAUGGACAGAUAGAAGCUCUAGUAAUUUUGGUGUUGCUUCAAUGGAAUCUGAUAAAAGAUUCCGUCUGGAUUCAUCUGGAAGUAGUAGCUUCAAUUGUUCUUCUGGUUCUCCCCACACUGCUGAAACACAUAAGGAGUUGCAGAAAGGGAUUUCUCUUCUGAAGAAAAGUGUGGCAUGCAUUACCGCUUACUGCUACAACUCACUCUGUUUAGAUGUUCCUACUGAGGCAUCUACUUUUGAAGCAUUUUCUAAAUUACUGGCCACGCUAUCUUCAACCAAGGAAGUUCAAUCUGUUUUUUCGGUGAAGAUGGCUUGUUCAAGGUCAAGCAAGCAAGUCCAGCAACUUAACAAAUCUGUAUGGAAUGUGAAUUCUGCCAUGUCAUCGAGCACGUUACUGGAGAGUGCACACACGCUUCCUUUGACGAAAAACUUCUCUGAUAGCAACCUUCGUAGUUCGGCUGCCAGUUUUCUUUUUGCUACUGAGAUGUCUGAUACUAGGAAGAAUGAAAACUCAAUUGAUGAAUGGGAUCUUGUGGAGCAUCCAACAUUUCCCCCUCCACAAUCAGAAACUGAGGAUGUCAAGCAUUGGACUCGAGCCAUGUUUAUUGAUGCUACAAAGCGAUGACCAGUUACCUGUUUUUUGAAGAAAUUCUAAGAUGGAGGAUGGGCAAAUCUUUAAAUUCCGGGCCUUGACUAGUGUUACAUGUAAAUAGAGGUGAUUUCGUUAUUCAUGUUGUGUAUAUAGUUAUAUUUAUUUUAUUCACUUUCAAGUUGUUUGAGGAUUCUUUCUCCUAUUUUCAAUGGAAAAAGAAUUAAUAGGAAAAAAUUGUUUAACAAAGUUUACCUUGGUAAAAUGCUUUAUAUAGAUUUGUAAUAUUUGUUCUUA